CGCAAUCGCCCACAGGCCGAUUUGUACCAAUCAGAGACAACCACGAAUUUAAUGUUGGUGUAUUCUUUGGGAACACCGGCUUAAAAUUAUUUGUGUUUUAAGUUAACGAUUGCUGCUAUUUAAUUAGGUUUGUGGCUGGACCUCAAAAAAAUGUUAAAGUUAAUUUGUUUUGCCUUAUUGGCAAGUCAAAGUUUCGCUCUAUACCCUUCAAGCUCAAACGUGAUCGAAUUAACCCCUAGCAAUUUCGAUAAAUUGGUCACCAAAGGCGAUGAAGUUUGGAUCGUUGAAUUUUUUGCUCCCUGGUGUGGACACUGCAAAAGUCUGGUGCCAGAGUACCAAAAAGCUGCAAAUGCUCUUAAAGGUAUUGUUAAAGUGGGAGCUGUAGAUGCAGACCAACACAAAGAUUUAGGUGGAAGGUUUGCUGUUAAAGGAUUCCCAACAAUAAAAAUCUUUGGGGCUAACAAAAACAAGCCUGAAGAUUACAACGGUGCUAGAACUGCUGAGGGGUUAGUCGAUGGGGCUUUAGCUGCAGCCAAAAAGAAGGCAAAGGCCAGUUUUGGAGGAGGAUCCUCUGGAGGAAGUAGUUCAACUGAUGAUGUAGUUGAAUUGACAGACAGCAACUUUGAUAAACUGGUGCUACAAUCUGAUGACAUGUGGUUGGUUGAAUUUUACGCGCCUUGGUGUGGACACUGCAAAAAUCUGGCACCUCAUUGGGCCAAAGCUGCCUCUGAGCUUAAAGGGAAAGUCAAAUUAGGUGCUUUAGAUGCAACUGUGCACCAAUCGAAAGCCCAGGAGUACGGAGUACAAGGUUACCCAACAAUCAAAUAUUUCUCCCCUGAUGAUAAAAGAAAUGCCCAGGAGUAUAAUGGGGGUAGAACCUCGAAUGAUAUUGUACAAUGGGCUUUGGAUAAAUUCUCUGAGAAUGUACCAGCACCAGAAAUCAACCAAAUUGUCGGAGAAAAAUCGUUUAAGGAUGCCUGUGAUAAGCCUUUGUGUGUUAUUGCAAUUCUACCGCACAUUUUGGACUGCCAAUCCAAGUGCAGGAAUCAGUACAUUCAAACUCUGACUGAAUUGGGAGAGAAAUUCAAGAAGAAGCUCUGGGGAUGGGUAUGGUCUGAGGCUGGUUCCCAGAUGGAGCUUGAAAGCGCCCUUGACCUUGGCGGUUUUGGGUACCCCGCAAUGGCUGUAAUCAACGCGAAAAAAAUGAAAUACUCGAUUCUGAGAGGCUCGUUUUCCAAAGACGGUAUUUAUGAGUUCCUCCGCGAUUUGUCGUACGGUAAGGGAAAUACAGCCCCUGUGAAGGGGCAAGAGUUGCCCAAGAUCAACAAAGUGGAGGCAUGGGACGGUAAAGAUGGGGAAUUGCCACCAGAAGAUGAUAUCGAUCUCUCCGAUGUAGAUUUAGAUGAAAGAAAUGAAUUGUAAGACUAAUUAUUUUUUAAUUUUUGUAAAAUACUUUUUCCCUGUGAAAUGUGUUCUAUUUAAGUUUUUGUUAGAGUGUAAGGUAUUUUUUGAGAGAAUGUACAUUAAAUACAAAUUUUAUUAAUAAAA